AUGAUUGUCACGUUCCCUCCUGAACAGGACGAACACAGUUCUCACCCUCAGAGGUUUCUCAUUAAGAACAACAACGUCAUCUCACCUGACAGACCGAGUGAUCUGCAGAUCGAGCGACCUGCAGACCGAGCGACCUGCAGACUCGGGACCUGCAGACUCAGGGACCUGCAGUCCGAGGGACCUGCGGACUCAGGGACCUGCAGUCCGAGGGACCUGCGGACUCAGGGACCUGCAGACCGAGCGACCUGCGGACUCAGGGACCUGCAGACCGAGCGAUCUGCAGACUCAGGGACCUGCAGACCGAGUGAUCUGCAGAUCGAGCGACCUGCAGACCGAGCGACCUGCAGACUCGGGACCUGCAGACUCAGGGACCUGCAGACCGAGGGACCUGCAGACUCAGGGACCUGCAGAUCGAGCGACCUGCAGACUGAGCGACCUGCGGACUCAGGGACCUGCAGAUCGAGCGACCUGCAGACUCUUCUAAAUACUGCAGCGCUGUUUCCACCAACUCUCAGUAGACACUCAUUUCUUCACUCUAACUGGCUGUUAGCGCCCCCUGUUGGUGAGUUAGACUCUUUUUACAAUGAGGCCGAUCUACAGAGAUAGACACGAUUGUUCCUCAAUGACUGAAUAAUGGAUCAUUGAAAUACAAACAGCAGCGACGCUCAGAGACGCAGUUUGCUCUGCAGCGCAGUUAGAGGAACAUUUAACCCUUUGGGUGUGUUUAGUGACUUUAUGAUUCAUUUUCAGGUUCAAAAGCUGCUCAAUGAAUCAGGUGGAUGAAAGUAUCAGAACACACCUCAAUGAUCUCACAGGUCACCUGUCUCCCUGUCUUUGUGCUAAGCUAGGCUUCGCAUUUACAUACCCUCAAGGUUUUCCUUUAAAGGAGUAGGUUGACCUUUGGUAAAGUAAAGCUGUGAACCCGCUCCCUGUGACCAUGUUUGACCUGUGACAUCUUAAUCAUGAAUGUGUAUUUAGCUAAAGUUAGCCUAGCUUAGCAUAAAGAUUGGAAUAAGUGGAGCAAGCAGGUGGACUGACUCCAUCAUAAUUUUGUCUCUUUUUUCCCUCUGUGUCUGAAGUAUACUUUAACUUAAACAUUUUUUAUUCCUGAUGAUUUAAAGAGACAGUCUGUUAUUUUAAUGACCGAUAGAAACAUAAAAUACUGACGCUUUAAAAACUAUUUCAUGAAACAGGUGUGUAGGAGAGCGAUGAUAACUUCAAACACUGCAGACAAACUCCUGCACACCGUGUAGAUCACAUAAAAAUAUGGGCAAUGUUAAGGUACACGGUAAAUGUUUCCUGUGUGUUUGUGUGAUUUAGACGGAGUGUCGGAUAUUUUAGAAAAUUAAAAACAGAACUGAUCCAACAUUGGGUGCCUAUGACUUCUGUUUGUUUGAUGCCAUGGUAUCCACACAGAGAUAUUGAUAUCAGCUGAUU